AUGUAUCAGGUGGUAGAAGUACCUCCGUUGUUAUCAGGAACUUUGAAUGCAUCAUUACUAAAAUCUGAAAUUGAUCAUGAAAAACCAACUAUUUCACUAACAGAAUCAUCAGUAGCGCCACCACCAGUCACUAAAACACAAUUGAUUACAGUGCCAAUAGCAUCAGCUCAACCGUUUUUAACAAGUACUCCAUCAACAACAAUAAAACGUACAAAACGAGGUUUUCGAACUUAUCUUAAUAGUAAAAAAGUCAAUCGAUCAUCUACUAAACCAACAACAGUACUUGCUCGACCAUCGACUAUAAAGGCGGCAACUAUAAUUCCAUGUACACCAAAACCAAUUUUACAUAACAAUCAAAUAACACCAAUUAUUCCAAAAACAGUAACAUCAAUUCAAACAACUUCAUCACCAGGAUUUACUACUUAUUUAGUGGUCGAUGGCAGUCAAGGACAACUUGUUCAAGUUGCUAGUGAUGGUCAAAAACCAGUUACAUUUCGAAAUCAAGUUGGACAAGUUCUUCAAGCAACACCAAUUAAUGUUGUUUCAACUACUAGUCAACCUGUUAUAUCUUCCUUUCCAACAAAUGGAGAUUGUUCAUUAGUAUCAAAUUCAUCACAAACAAUUACAACAAUUCGAACAAGUUCUUCGAUUGAUAUGCAACAACAAAGUAAAAUAUUCUUUUUAAAGAAAUUUAUAAACAUUUAUAUUUUAGCAACUUUAACAAAUGGUACAACAACAACAACAACACAACAAUUAACAGGUAUUAAUCAUCAAACAUCAAUUCUACCAACAACCAUUAUUAAUGGAAAUAAUAAUUUACAAUCUUAUGAUAAUAAUUCAUCAUUAGAUGAAUCAAAAAUAUCAAAUAGUAAUCUUUCAUUAUCGUUAACACAAAUAGCAGAAAAAGUUAAUCAUCGUCAUCGCCGAUCAAGCAGCUCAAGUAUGUCGAAAAAGAAACGUGGAAGACCAAGAUUAUAUGAACGAGAUCCAUUGACAAAUAAACCAAUAAAAAAUGAUUUGACAUCAACAAUUACUGAAUUAACUAAACCAAAUGUAACAAAUACAACAUUAUUAAUGCAAGGGCAAACAAGAACAUUUAAUACAUUACCUAAUCAUUCAAAUAAUUGUGGUUCACUUAUUUUUCCAAGUCAAAUAACGACCAUUCCAGUAACUAAUCCUUCAUUAUUACAACAACAUCAAUAUUCAUAUCCAUCAUUACUUAAUGGAACUACAUCAACAAACAUACUUACAUCACCAACAUUUAAUACUCUAGUUAAUACAACAAAUCCAUCAAUAUCAUCAACUACUUUUCCUUAUUUAUCUCAACCUAUCACAACAGAAUAUUCUCAACCAUCAAUUUCUUCCGUAACACCAACACAUAAUCUUGAAAUAUCUUCUCGAACAAGUUCAAAUCUUUCUAAUAUUGUUCAACAAAAUUCAUCACCAAAAAAAUCAUCAAAUAAUGAUAUUGCCGUUCAUUAUAUUGGUGGUUUUGUAAUACGUGAAAGUAGUCAUCCAUUUGUUGCUAAUGAUAAUUUAAAUUAUAAAGAUAAUACUGAUCAACUUCAAUGUAUUAUAUGUCAAAAAAUUGAUUUUUCACAAAGAUUUUUUGAUCGAGAAAAAAAAUUUUGUUCAAUCUUGUGCUUAUCAAAGUCAAAUGAAAAUAAACCAUCUACAAUUAAUGAACCCAUACGAGUUGUAGAAAAUAUCAUUGUACAGCAACCAAUUGAAUCAAAUAUCAAUGAACAAAUACCAUUACCACAUGAUCAUGGUCUUCCGACUGAUCCAAGUAAAUGGACGGUCUUACAAGUAGGCCAAUUCAUUGCACGUUUAACAAAUGAAACAAUACGUCAAGCAUUUUAUGAAAGUGAAAUAGACGGUCAAGCCUUAUUAUUAAUAACUCAAGAGCAUUUGCGAGAUACAAUGAAAAUUAAAUUAGGACCAUCAUUAGUUAUAUCAAGUGAAAUAGCUAAAUUACGUGAACGUGCAAAAGCAUUUUCUUCAUGA